UACGGCAGGAUAGAGAAGAGAAUAUUCCAUGUUCAGUUCGCAGAGCUUUUUCUUGAUGUCAUCAAACUGCUGACGUUUGAGGACAGUGCCAGCGCUGAAAUCAGGGAAGAUGUGGACGCGGUUGCCUUUAUACAUUAGUUCCGUCUUCUCACAUGAAUGACAUAGAAUUAGUUGUUUAUCCUGUAGGCUGAGGAAUUUCACCAGGAUUGGCCUUGGCCCAGCUUUCGGCACAUUCGUUUGUAACGUAGUAGGAGAACGAUUCUCUGCAUCCUCAAUUUUUUCAUGCAGAGGAUUAUCGACCAUGUCUGACACUGUGGCUCCAAUGCUCUCUGUGUUCCCCAGUCGGGCUCUGGUCGAUGAGAAUUUCAAGGUGGUGGUGGAGAAUCUGCCUCCAGGAUCUCCAGUGACACUUCACUCCCUCCACCAGUGUGAGGACAAGCACUACUGGGAGGCCUACGGACACUACAUCAGUAAUCACAGAGGAACAGUGUCUGUUACAGAUGAUUUGAGUUUUGGGGGAACGUACACAGGAAAAGAAGCCAUGGGUUUGUUGUGGAGUAUGCGUCCCGUCCCAGGCAGCCGCGAAGGCCUCAGGUUGAGGAAGAGGAACGUCUGCAGCCCCCUGCUGGUCAACAUCUCUGUCUACAGGGGACAUGUAGUGGAGGGCUUCAGGGAGCAGGCUCCUCUGGCCUCGUCGCUCACAGAGAGAUGGUACAUGGCUCCAGGGCUCCAGAGGAUUGAAAUCAGAGAGAAGGGAGUGAGAGGGACCCUGUUUCUACCUCCAGGUCCAGGUCCCUUCCCCGGCCUGUUGGACGUAUGGGGGGGUGGUGGAGGGCUGGUGGAGUAUCGUUCAGCCUUGCUGGGGUCUCAUGGUUAUGCUUCUUUGGCGCUGGAGUAUUUCGCCCCCGGCGAGCUGAAGUCAUCAGACUUAGAGUUCAACUAUUUUGAGACAGCGUUUAAUAUUGUGAAAGACCAUCCUCAAGUGAUGCCGGACAAAGUUGGAAUUUUUGGUCUUUCCCUCGGCGCCAGUUUGACCCUCCUGUUGGCAGCGGAGAGCAGCAUUAUCAAGGUGGGGAGAAUUAACUGUCCAGUUAUGGUGGUGAACAGCCAUGAUGAUCAGAACAUGGCCACAGUGGAGUCUUCUGAGGAUAUGGCCCAGAUGAUGCGUGCAGCAGGGAACCUGCACCUGCUGACCAGACUUUACUACCCUGAUGCUGGACAUCUGAUUGAGCCGCCAUACACACCUCACUUCAGAGCUACUAAGUUUGUAAAGGACACAAAAGAGAAAGUGAUAUUGCUGUGGGGAGGACAAACCAAACCCCAUUCAGACGCUCAGGAAGACUCCUGGAAGAAGAUCUUGGCUUUUCUGGAGCAGAAUCUGUAAUCCAGGGGUCCGUUUCAGGAAGGAGGUUUAACAAACUCUGAGUCUAACCCUGAUGUCUGGGUUGAUUUACCCUGAGAUGGGAAACUCUGAGUUUUUGGUUCCAGAACAGCUGAUAUGAGUUGGUUCAAUGAACUCCGAGUAUGUUCACGCACGUGCACCACCACAAUAAAAAGGCAGCAUGAAUGGAGCCAUGAUACUACGAUUCACCAUGGUAACAACCACAAACAAACAGAAAUACUCAUGCUGACAUACAACGAGUUUAAACAUGUAUUUCGUUAAAAAAGCAAGACAGUGGCUGCUGCUGCAACAGAGAGAAUUGUUGUGGGAGAAAAUUGCUGCUCGAGUCAAUGCAUAAGCAUUUACAGUGCAUACAUUUCAUAUAAUCACAGUUAUAAUAUUACUGGUGAAAACUGGAAU